UCUUGUCGCUUGUCGGUGGUUACUUUAUGAAUCCCUUCAUCUCAUCUCAUUUUUCUGUUCACUUUCACACGCUGUUCCGUAAACUUAUGUCCUAACAUCACCUCUAUUUAAUACACUCCCAUCAUCUUUUUGAUUCAGAAAAACUCACCUCUGCAUAUAAAGAUCUUAUCUUUAUUCAAUUGUGUCUUCAAAAAAAUAAUCAUGAGAAUAUACCAAGAAAUGAAAGAUGAAGAAGCUCAAUCAAGAAAUAGUAGCACUACAAAUACAGUAACAACAACACCAGUUUCAACAAUAGCACCAUUAGCAGUAACAUCAACUGCAAAGAAAGAUCAAGGAUUUAAUGGGUUAUUUGGUAAAGGGAAAUACAAAUUGUGGGUAUUGGCUGCAAUUUUAUUGCUAGCUUUUUGGUCUAUGUUUACUGGCUCACUUACUCUAAGUCUUAACUGGUCAACUGCAAAUCUCAGCCGUUUAUCUGAUACCUCUGAUUUCUCGAUCCAUGAAGAUCUUGAUAUUCUGGUAUUGGAGGAAAGAGAGAAAAUGGUGAAACAUAUGUGGGAUGUGUACACACAGAGUAGCAGAAUUAGGUUGCCUAAGUUCUGGCAAGACGCUUUCCAAGCAGCGUACCUAGAUUUGACAAGUGAUUCACCAGCCAUCCGAGACACUGCUGUUUCGGAGAUUGCCAAAAUGUCCCUGCGUUCCACUUCCACUUAUGAAUCACCUUCCAACAAGCACACAGAACCAAGAAUUUACGUCUAACAAACUACUGUUGGAUCUGGUUGGUUAUAAAUACGAACAGAGAAGCAGAGAAAGAAAAAGGAUCGAAAAGCCAGGCGAAGACGAUGACUACAAAGCAAAAGCAAUAAUGGGGAGGGCAAUAGUUCUGCUGAGAUGAAGGUAGAUGCAGACUUGUGGUUGAACGCAAUUCUUCUUGGUGGUCAAAGCUUUUUUACUUGUAUUUAUACUACUGCUAGAGCUUUAUUUAGAUAUAAGAUCAAAGUUUAGUGAAGGCAAAGGUCUUCCUUUUGAUUGUUCCCAGUUAAUAAUACCAUUUCAAAGCCAGUUGGUUAA